UUUUGGCUGCCGCCGACGCUGCUGCCACUGGGCAGAUACCGCAGUGAGGGGUCUGACCGCGCUGAGUGCUCUCGGGGAUCUGGGCUCUGGCUAGGAAUGAGAAGUUAAGAGAGGGAGGGCUGAGAGGUGAGCAGGACUCACCAAGGAGCUGCAAACCCAAACGAGAAAUCUAGGGAGCAAAAGGAGAGGAAAAGAGUGAGCUUGAGCCAAGACAUCAGGCCAAGUGGAACUGGAGGAAAUGUCAUCAUUGGUAAAGGAGGACUUGGAGAAGAAACUGUUUAAGCCACUCUCGCAGAAUCUGUACGAGUUUAUUGAAAUAGAGUUCUCCGUCCAGGACAGGUAUUACCUCUGUGUGUCAGUGACCAAAAAGGAAGAAGUAAAAAUAAUCAUGGUGAAACACUACAGAAUAGGUUUAGAUGAAAAAUAUGAAGUAACAAAAAAGUGGUCUUUGAACGAUCUGCAGAUGAUUGAUGGAAAAGAAGCAGAUACUGACAAUCCAUUUUUUGAUCUGCACUUCAAGAAAGUGUACAGUUUGGAAGCAUAUAGCUGUGCUUCUAAAUAUGCCUUUGCUCGAACUGUAAAUAAGCUGAAUCAUGCAUAUCUUAAGAAAGACUUACAGAUCGUGAACUUUGAUUCUACAUACAUUAAUGAUGAUUCCAUUUGGUCCUCCAACAAUAAGGAUUGUUUGGUCCUUAUGAGAAUAUGCUUUUAUGCUUUCAAUCUUGUGUGCUUGUCCCUAUGUCCCUUGCCACUCUGAAGCUGUGUACCACGUUCCUUCAUCAGUGACCUAUGAAAAUCGUUUCCCAAGUAAAUACUGAUUGUCAUAAUUUUGUUUUUCCUUCAUCAGUGAUUAUUAUAAUUUAAAUAAAAAUAAAGUAAUGCUUUGUGAAUUGCA